GUACCAGGUAAAAAGAAAGGUCCUCUCAGCUGGAAACAACGAUAUGAUAUAAUUUUAGGAACAGCAAGGAGAUUAGCUUAUCUACACGAGGAAUUUCAUAUUUGUAUCAUACAUAGAGACAUAAAAACUAACAACAUCCUCCUAGAUGAUGACAUGCAACCUAGAAUUGCCGAUUUUGGAUUGGCAAGGUUUUUAUCAGAGGGCAAAUCUCAUCUCAACGCAAAUUUUGCAGGAACAUUUUUUGGAAAUUAUAAGUGGUAGAAAAAGUGAAGAAUUAAGAGUUGAUGGUGAUGCAGAGGGCGAAUUCCUCCUUCAGAAGGCGUGGAAACUAUAUGAGAGAGGCAUGCACUUAGAGUCGGUGGAUAGUGCCUUAGACUCUAACGAGUAUGAUGCAGAAGAAGUGAAGAAAAUCAUAGAAAUUGGUUUGCUCUGCACUCAAGCGUCUCCUACAAUAAGGCCAACAAUGUCUGAAGUUGUUGUUUUGUUGCAAAACAAGGGCUUAUUAGAGAACAUAAGACCAACUAUGCCUAUCUUGAUUGAAACUAACUAAAAGCGCAUGGAGAAACCUCUACCACUUUCUCUUCCUCUACGUCCAACGCCUUGAGUUCUAUACCGUCAGCAUAG